GGGGGCCUCGCCUCUUGUUUCAUCGUCGCCUUUACCGAUCAGUAUCGCCAUCCCCUCUAUAAAGAGUUCCCACCCGCUCUCGUCCUCUUCAUCCCCAUCGUCAUCAACUUCACUUCCACAACACCAUCAGAAACGCGCCACCGAACCGAUUCAGAGUCGUAAGAUGAGCUCAACGAGCAGAGCGUGGGUGGUGGCGGCCAGCGUCGCCGCCGUGGAGGCCCUCAAGGACCAAGGAUUCUGCCGCUGGAACUACACCCUCCGCUCCAUCCACCAACAAGCCAAGAAUCGGGCCAAGUCCUCGUUUUCUCAGGCCAACAGCAGCAAGAAGCGAUCACCUCAGUCGUCGGCGGCGGUGGCUUCGAGGAGGCUAGCGGGAGACGUGGAGGCGAGGAGGACGGAGGAAUCGAUGCGGAAGGUCCUCUACUUAAGCACUUGGGGUCCGUAUUGAGGUUGUUCUCUGAGUAGCAGUAGAUUAGAUCGAGAAGGAAAUCCAAGUUCGUUGCUGAGAAUGAUGUAAACUGUAAUUGUACGCUGAAAUUACAGCAAGG